AGGAAGUUUAUUGUCUUACCUCAAGAAAGAGAGACCUAAUCUUACAGUAGCUGAUACCAGUGAAGAGGAUAUUAUACAGAAUGUCAGGAAACAGUUACUCUCCAUUUGUUUACAAGUUGCCAAUGGAAUGUGCUACUUAGCUUCACAGAAAUUCAUUCAUCGUGAUUUGGCUGCUAGAAACUGCAUGAUUGAUGAUAAUGGUAUCAUUAAAGUUGCUGAUUUUGGCCUAUCUGAAGAUAUAUAUUCUCAAAACUACUUCAGACAACUGGAAGAUGAUAAUAACUCAUCACCUGUUAAACUACCAUUGAAAUGGAUGGCAUUAGAGAGUAUUCAUGAUGGACUGUUCUCUGAAAAAUCUGAUGUGUGGUCUUAUGGUGUAUUGUGUUGGGAAGUGUUCAGUCUUGGUAGAGUACCUUAUCCUGGUCUAGAUCCAAUGGGAAUUGUAGAGUUACUAAAUACUGGUGGAAGACUACACACUCCAAAUAAUGAAGCAUGUUCAAAUGAAAUUUACUCACUGAUGACUUCAUGUUGGUCUGAGUCUCCUGAUGAUAGGCCAGUGUUCAGUGAUUUAGUAUCAUCAAUCAAUGCACUCAUUGAGCCAUUGGCUGGCUAUCUGGACUUCACUGACAUUAAUUUUUGUUUGGAAAAUGAUGUCAAAGUUUAAAAAAUUAUGCUUAAAAUUAAUUCGUAGUUGUGAACCGCACCUCCAAAUUGCUUACCAUUUUGUCUUUUG